UUCUAUUUAAAAGCGGCGCAGCCAAUGGGAAGCGACGCUGCGCUCGCUAACGGCCGAUUUGAAUCGGAGCCCGCGAGGCGGGGUCAGACAGCGAAGCGGAGCUGAGCCUCAGGUCGCGGAGCAGCGCUCGUCCGACCCACCGACCCAAGCUCGGCGCCGCAGCCCCCGUCCUCACAGGAAUUCCUCCUCCCCACACGGUCCCUGUUCUCAGCAUGACCACGGUGCCCGGCAAACCGGCGGCCAAGGCGCCAGCCGCCGCCCCGGCCGACAUCCCCGACAUCCUGGUCAACCCCAAGACCAUGAAGCGGUACACCCGAGGCCGCUUCCUGGGCAAGGGCGGCUUCGCCAAGUGCUACGAGAUUUCGGACAUGGAGAGCGGCGAGGUGUUCGCCGGCAAGAUCGUGCCCAAGACGCUGCUGAUGAAGCCGCACCAGCGGGAGAAGAUGUCCAUGGAGAUCUCCAUCCACAAGAGCCUCCAGCACAGCAACGUGGUGGCCUUCCACGGCUUCUUCGAGGACGAUAACUUCGUCUACGUGGUGCUGGAGCUGUGCAGGCGGCGGUCUCUGCUGGAGUUACACAAGAGGCGGAAAGCCGUGACCGAACCCGAGGCUCGGUAUUACCUGAGGCAGACCAUUCUGGGCACCCAGUAUCUGCACAACAACCAUGUUAUCCAUCGGGAUCUCAAACUGGGUAACCUCUUCCUCAAUGACGACAUGGAAGUGAAGAUAGGUGACUUUGGCCUGGCCACUACAGUUCAGUAUGAAGGAGAGCGUAAAAAGACAUUGUGUGGAACUCCCAACUACAUUGCCCCCGAGGUGAUUGGCAAGAAAGGGCACAGUUUUGAAGUUGAUGUUUGGUCUCUGGGCUGCAUUAUGUAUACGCUACUUGUUGGAAAACCUCCAUUUGAAACUUCCUGCCUUAAGGAGACGUACAUGAGGAUAAAGAGAAAUGAGUAUAAUAUUCCCAAGCACGUCAACCCCGUGGCUGCAAACCUGAUUCAGAAGAUGCUACGAUCAGAUCCGAGUGCACGGCCAAAUAUCCAUGAACUGCUGAACGAUGAGUUCUUUACAUCUGGCUACUUGCCUGUCCGAUUGCCUACCACCUGCUUAACCAUGGCUCCCAGGUUUUCCCUGGCCCCUGGUGGAAUUGAUUCUAGCAUGAGAAGACCACUUGCUGAACUCAACAAAGAUGUUCCAGCUGGAGACAAACCAGAGAAGUCUGAAGAUAACAGGGUGGCCAGGGAAGUGGGCGAGUGCAAUGACUUCUACCUCUCAGACCUCUUGCAGCAGUUGUGUAGUGUAGUGGCAGCAAGACCAGCUGAUAAAGAUGUGAUCAGACAAGAGGAGGCUGAAGACCCAGCCUGUAUACCAAUAUUUUGGAUCAGCAAAUGGGUAGACUAUUCUGAUAAAUAUGGCUUGGGUUAUCAGUUGUGUGACAACAGUGUCGGUGUCCUUUUCAAUGAUUCCACACGUUUAAUAAUGUACAAUGAUGGCGAGAGUCUGCAAUAUAUUGAUCGCAACAUGACUGAGACUUACCUGAACUUUCGAUCUUAUCCUCCCAGCCUAAGCAAAAAAGCAACUCUAUUGAAAUAUUUUCGUAACUACAUGAGUGAGCACUUGCUGAAGGCAGGAGCGAACAUCACCCCUAGGGAAGGUGAUGAGUUAGCAAGGCUACCGUUUCUGAGGAUUUGGUUUAGGACACGCAGUGCAAUUGUCUUCCAUCUCAGCAAUGGGACUGUUCAGAUCAACUUCUUCCAGGACCACACCAAGAUUAUCCUGUGCCCACUGAUGAACGCAGUGACAUACAUUGAUGAAAAGCGGGAGUUCCGUACAUUCAAGCUCAGCAUGAUUGAAGAGCAUGGCUGUAGCAAGGAACUGGCAAGUCGAAUACGUUAUGCACGCACCAUGGUGGAAAAGCUGCUUACUACAGCUGUGGGAUCAAGAGUCAAACCCACAGCAUGAAUACAACUUCUGAACUGGACCCAUUCUUGAUUUGGGGAGUGAACUUUGUAAAUACACCUUGUGAGGCUUGAUUUUUGUAUUAAGACACUUGUGAAUUGUCAGAGCAAGCAAUGUAUACUAGAGUUGAAGGGAAAAAGUAUGACCUCUCAUUAUGUGUAAUGACUUCAGGCAGAUGGGAUCAUGUAAAUUAUAAGCUGUAUCAUACUUGCUGCUUUCACUCCUUUGUGCAGGUGUUCCCCAGCUGUUUGAGGCAAAAUGUUGAAGCACUUUGCAAUCCCAGGUUCCACUACUUCCUGGGCAGCUGUUUACAUCUUUGCUACUUUUGUCUUCUGCUCCCUCUCUUGUCCAUCCCCUUGGCCCAAGAUGAAACUUGGCUUUCUGAGUAUAUUAGCUGGAAAGUUGAUGCUGUGCCUUAUUUAAAUUUAUUUAACAUUAAAAUAAGCACAUCAUAAUUAUGACUUUAAUUCCAUCUAUUUCUAUUGUAGAAAUUCAGACAGUUGGAUAAACUUUGCAAAGCUUUCAGAACAUUUUAUCACAUCUGUUCAGUGGGAGAACAUUGUACCUAAGAU